UCUACUGGCGCCCCUGGUGCAGCAGCUGCCGCCCAACACCUGCUGGCACCUCAUAUGACCUGGUCGUCAGCACCAGCUACCCAGUACGACCUCGCAUCCUACUCCCAGUUCGCAAAAUUCGGCUACGACUACCUGCCCGACCACGUCACCAGCCUGGCGGCGCAGAAGGACGAACUGAAGAACAUGAACGCUAAUAUUGGUAUGGAGCGCGUCGACACAGGCUACUGUGACUAUUCUCUCGCCCACGUGGAUAAAACGAAAUUCGAUCCCCGCCAGAGCGAGACCUUCCUAGUCCAGGCCACCAGAGGACCCAUGGCACAUCACGGAGCCGCAGGAGUUGCCGUCGGGGGUCCUGAUGGCUCUGGCGUGCUCCCGGCAUCAGGAGACGUCUCUCAUGAUCCUAUGUCCCAGCUCCAAGCUUGUGCAAGGUCCCAUCACCUCCACACGUGCGUCAGAUAAGGGGUGAAGGUGACUUUAUAUAACCAUCAAGACCAUCGUCGUUCCUCCUUCCUCCAGUUGAGACUAGCAUGCCACUGGUGUGGGCUUCUGUCUCCUUACGUCUUGUGUGUUUAUAUUUCAUUAUCGAUGAGACAGUUAUCAGCAGUUACCAUCCCAUUUUCAAUUUGUUUUUUUAUCGCAGGUGACAUGUAAUUAUUAUCACACUUUCAUAAUAUCAUUCCAUUUCUCGUAGGUAUUUAUGUAAUUUAAAAUUUUAUUUUGCAGUCAGACAAUUUAUUUUUUUUGGUUUACUAGGUUUCUCUCGUAAUUGCUCUGCUACAUUGAUGUGUGUUGUUAACUAUCAUAGUCACAUUACCCCUUUCCCAAGAAAAGACAUGAUGAAGAGCAAGCUUUUAGUGGAACAACAAUGCUCUUCGUAAAAUUUCUACCUAUAGAGAAUUGUUGUGCCAAUAUCAGGUUUUUCUACAAGCAUUGUCUUCAAUAUUUUCAGUAGAGCGUCAUUUGGAUCCAUCCCGCUUUCCGUUUUCUAUGUUGUAUCGCCGCUGAUAACCGAGGAACUGUCACCAAGGUGAGGAAUAAUAAUACUUCUACUGUAAACAGGUCGUUUGUGUUACUCAGGCAUCGGUAGUUCAUUCUGAGUGCAGUGACAAUAAAUGAAAAUCCUCUGAGGAUACAGAGACUGGAAACUGAGAAUAAAUUCCACAGAAAAUGUCUGAAAGCCAUUUUAAAACUUAAUUCAAUAGAAAUUUUACUAUAUUUUAUAUUUUUUCCUCAUGCAAAGAAUUAUUAAUUUUAUCCUUCAGUUCAAUACAAAAUGACAUCCAGAACAGCAUUAAUAAAUUAAACUUUCUAGCGCUACAAAGUAUGUAAUAUUAUAA